UAAAGCCCUAGGGAUUGAAACAUUAGAAAUCUGUCUCUUCCUCCAUUCCAAUUUGACCUACAAUUACAAAAUCACAGUACCCAAAACCCCCCAAACCGACCAUAAAGAUUGAAUCUUGAAUCUUGGUUAGAACAUUAGAUAAUGGAGGAGGAGUCAGCAAAGAGAAAGGAAAGGCUAAAAGCUAUGAGAAUGGAAGCUUCACAAAGUGGAGAUUACAAUGAAACUCAGAAUCAUUUACAAGGUCUUAGCAACCCUUUAAUUGAAUCUCCUUCAGGACAGGCUGAAUUUCAUGCUGCCCCAAGAUUUGAUUAUUACACUGACCCCAUGGCUGCUUUUUCUGCUAACAAAAAGUGGAAUGACGUCAGCCCUCAAGUUUCUCAACCAUGUUACACCCCUCCAAGACCAAGAAACCCUCAGUCUCCAAUUUAUACUGCUCGAGGCAACUAUUCCGUAGAUCAAAGAUCGCAGUCACAAGGAGUCCAUCAUACCUUUAAUCCUCUUGGAAACCCUGGGCAAAAUAGUCCUUUUGGCACACCACAAAGAAGCUCCCCUAAUGCAUGGGAUAGCUCUUUUGGCACAUCUAACAACUACUUUCCACCUAAUUCUUCAAUAGGUGGUAACUUUGCCAGUCCUGGCAUUCAUCAAGGUGGAAGACCUGGUUUUCAUUAUGGACAAGGUAGGGGUAAUCCUGGUUCGGGAUAUAGAGGCAGCCCUUACCAAGGUCCGGGACAUAGAGGCAGCCCUUACCAAGGUUCGGCGCAAGGCAGGAGCCAAUGGAUGGGUAAUAGUUCAAGUCCUGUUUCGGUUCAACGUGGUAGGAGGGGAUUAGGUUCCCAUGGAUGCACAUCAGCAGAGUCUAGACCGAAUUUGUAUUAUAAUAAGUCUAUGGUAGAAGAUCCAUGGAAAGAGUUGAAGCCAGUUAUCUGGAAGCCAUUAAAUGCUCCAUCAAACAAGUUAGAUACCCCUGAAUCUGAGAAAUCUUCCUGGCUUCCAAAGUCCAUUAGCGCAAAAAAGGCUAAAAUCCCAGAUGCUCCUCCACUAAAAUCUACUCCUCAGCAAAGCCUUGCUGAGUAUUUGUCUGCCUCAUUUAAUGAAGCAGCCAGCAAUGAGGCUGGGAAAGAUGGAUCUGGCAUAUGAUUGCCAUGUGAUGCCUCCGAGUCUUACUUUAUGAUUUUUCUCUCUCCUAAUAUUGUCAAAUUGCAAGUUUAGCAGCAGUUGAGUUUUUUUUAACUUUUAUUGUAAGUUAAUAUCGACAGCUAAUAAGUUCCAUUCGGUGUUUCAUGACCUGGAAUUCUGCUGUUGUAGUAUGCCAUUACCCUGUAAAUCUUGAAGAAAAAAAAGAUUUUCUUGGUUUUGUGGGAGUAUCCAAAGUUAACAGGUUUGAUGCUCUCAGCUUCAAUUUACUCCUUUGGACUUGUCAAGUCAUACCAAACUCAACUCUCGUAGUAGCUCUUUUUUUAGCUUGCAUGUUCUUUUGCAUGGAUGUCACAUAAUUUUGGGAUUUAGCUAGGAAAUUAUGAAAAACAGAGUGUUCCUGCUUAUGUUGUUAUAUUUUAUUGUUUAUCAGUUGCGCGCAUUUGUAUUUUCCACGAACAUCUGAGUAUGUUGGUGGAGGAUCUGCGGUUUCAUGUAGUAAUCCGGUUUUCAAAAGCUUCUAAUAAUGAUGUUGGGGAUGAAUGCUCCGCCAAUGUUUAUGUCACACCUAUUAGCGCGCUCAGAGUGUCGAGCUCUCAUGUUAUAGCAAAAAUGUAAUGAUAAGACAAAUUUUCAGUAUGUUUCCCUUGUUGUGUGUUGGAAUAAACAUUUGAGUUCAGUCAGAUUAUCUUGAAUCAACAAUAAGGAUAGAGUGACUCUUUUGACAGC